UCAUAAAUCCUAAUCACAUGUAGUUUGAAUUUAAACACAAUCACUUCUCUCUUUAAAAUGAAGGUAGAAGAGCAAGCGAAGGGAACUCAAAAACCAAAACUUUGGGUUUAAAGGCUACAAAAAUAAAGUUUCCAGACACCCUCUGUUGUUUAAACUCCAAAGAUCUUGUUUGUUUGAGCCAUAAACCCAAACCACUCAGAGAGGGAAGAAGAUUCCAUUCUUCAUUUUUUUUUCUUUAUACGUGUCUGCCUCUGAAAAAUUCAUUCUUUCUUCGCUCUAUAACUUCCACCUCUGUUUUCGAUCAACAUCACCAAACUCCACGCACUUGGGGUGUUUUUUUUCUCUGCUUUUUAUCAUAAAGCUUCCAUUUUUGCUCAGAUCUUCCUCUUGGUCUUCUUGUUCCUGGGUUUUUAUUAUUUUAGUUUAACAAGCAUAUCUGUUUCUUAUACGGAGGAUACCUGCCAAUUGAUAAGUAGUGAAGAAUAGCCACUGCAUAUAGUUUUAUGAACAUACAGUCACAGAAGUUGCAAAAUAAAUGGGGAUCGUCACUCGCAGGUCUAAUCAUUGUUCUGUUGGUAGAAAACCAAGUGAAAUUAUGAGGAUUUUUGUGACAGCUUUUAUUGGUUUAGUUUUUGGAUUCUUUAUAGGAGUAUCGUUUCCAACAUUGUCAAUAACAAAGUUGAAUCUCCCAUCUGGCCUCCUUCCCUCCAUUGAUCUUUCUUACAUUGAAGGCAAAUAUACAGGUCGCCAGGCUUGGUCUUUUAUGAAUAGUAGUAACAGAAGAAGUUCACCACAUGUUCAAUUAUCAAAUGAUACAUCAAAGAUUUGGGUUCCAUCAAAUCCUAGAGGUGCAGAAAGAUUACCUCCUGGCAUUGUUGAAGCUGAGUCGGACUUUUAUUUGCGUAGAUUGUGGGGUAAGCCCAGUGAGGAUCUAACGUCCAAACCAAAUUACCUUGUAACCUUCACUGUUGGGUAUGAUCAGAAAAGCAAUAUAGAUGCAGCUGUUAAAAAGUUUUCAGGGAACUUCACGAUCCUUCUGUUUCAUUAUGAUGGCCGAACCACUGAAUGGGAUGAGUUUGAAUGGUCAAAGCGGGCGAUUCAUGUGAGUGCUCGCAAACAGACCAAAUGGUGGUAUGCCAAGCGGUUUCUGCAUCCUGACAUUGUGGCACCUUAUGACUAUAUAUUCAUAUGGGAUGAAGACCUGGGUGUUGAGCAUUUUAAUGCUGAAGAGUACAUAAAACUGGUGAGGAAGCAUGGCUUGGAGAUUUCUCAGCCUGGCUUGGAACCUAAUAAAGGAUUGACAUGGCAAAUGACGAAAAGAAGAGGUGAUCGUGAAGUUCACAAGGUGACAGAGGAAAAACCAGGAUGGUGUUCUGACCCUCAUUUACCUCCUUGCGCAGCGUUUGUUGAGAUCAUGGCUCCAGUGUUCUCCCGAGAUGCAUGGCGCUGCGUAUGGCAUUUGAUUCAGAAUGACUUGGUCCAUGGGUGGGGUCUUGAUUUUGCUCUUAGAAGAUGUGUUGAGCCCGCGCACGAAAAGAUUGGAGUUGUUGAUUCUCAGUGGAUAGUUCACCAAGGUGUUCCCUCACUAGGGAAUCAGGGUGAAUCUCAAACAGGGAAAGCGCCAUGGCAGGGGGUGAGGGAGAGGUGUAGAAAAGAGUGGACAAUGUUCCAGAGUCGGUUAGCAAUUGCGGAAAGCGCGUAUUACAAGUCCAUUGGAGCUGAUAUAUCUAAUUCCACUGCUCAUUAACGACCAAACUUGACUAGUACACACAUAUCUUUACCACCCUUAUUUGUAGAUUUUCCCUUAGAAAAAGAAAAUAUAUUACUGUAUAACGUUACGUACAUGCAAUUGCAAUCUAGAGUCCUAGCCAGGGACCAAAGAUCAAUUCGAUGUAGAAUUGCUGUACUGAAAGUGAGUAAAUCUAGUGAAUAGAACUAUCAUUGCAGCCUAACUCUUUUGGGACUGGAUGCAAAUGCUUAUUAUAGGAAAUGGAAAUACUUUAGUGUCACAA